AUGUUUUAUCAGGCAGGCAUCACCGCUAGCUUCAUUGCAGCGGUCGCAGCUGUUCCAGCUUCUAUCAGUCAAAUCAGUGAUGGUCAAAUCCAAGCUGCCACCGGCUCUCCAGCAGCUUCCGGUUCUGUCUCACCAUUCGGCGCCUAUUCCUACAAUCAACAGCCAUCUGUAAACAGUGCAGCAGUUUCAUCAGUCGCUUCAAUUGCUGGAAUUCCAGCAUCAGAAAUUCCAGGUGCCACUGCUCCAGUUCCGCCUGUUGUCAGUCCUGAAGUUACAGGUGUCACAAGUCAUGGCCCAUACAGUGGUACACCUACCACCACUGGAGCUUUAAGUACCAUCGCAUUAGCUAGUGAGGUACCAAUCUUGCCAGCCAGAAAAGCAGAAACAACAUAUGUACCUGAUGGUACACUUCACGAGCCACAACCAAUUCCAUACCAACCAGCCGGUGGUCUAGGAACAAAUGGCACUGAACCAGUCUAUCGUGUCCAAUCUGAUUUCGAUUAUCAAUCAAUUCUCUUGGGUCUUUAUCAAGAGUGGAUUGAACUCGAUCUCUUCCAUAAUAUUCUUGCCACAUUCUCCGAAGAAGAAUUUACGGCUGCUGGUCUCACACCUAGCGAUAGAUUCCUCAUCGAAUUUAUGGCCGAUCAAGAAGCUGGCCAUGCUACUUUGCUUUCGAAUUUACUUGGAGGGCCAGGUGGAGCAACCCCACAAUGCACAUACAAUUAUCCUUUCACUACCGUUACUGAAGCAUUUGACUUUACUCAAAAGCUCACGAGAUACGGAGAAUCUGGAGUAUGGGGUUUCCAAGCUCAUCUUGAUUCACGUGAAGUUGCACAACUUCUUGAUCAAUCCAUUGCAACUGAAGCUCGUCAACAGAUGAUCUUCCGUCAAUUUGCUGGUCUCUUCCCUAUGCCAGUUUGGUUUGAAACUGGUAUCCCACAAUCUUGGGCAUGGACUCUUCUCGCACCAUAUAUUUCUUCAUGCCCAGCCGACUCCAAGCGUCUUGUUUGGCAAAACUUCCCACAACUUACCAUUCUUAACCAACCAAACAUUGCUCGUCGUAAUGCUACACAAACUGGUUUCAACGAGACUGCUGGAUUUGGUCCUGCCGCACCAAGUGACUCAAAGUUAGCACCAAUCGAUUCAUGCGUUGGUAAUAACGUCACUGGAUUUGAUUGUUCAGCAUCUAUUUCCCAAAACCGAUCUAUUCCUCUCUCAUACCCAGGUCGUGAGGUUUACCUUCAAUGGGAUAACCCUGGUCAAGCCGUUGGACCAAACAACUCUUACGUCACUUCGACCAGUGCUGGUACACCAUCAUGGGCAAUGUGGGUUUCCCAAUUGAAUGUUACAUAUUCACCUCUCAUGAAUGUUUCAUCAGCAAAUGGCGUGAACUAUGCUAUGACGAUCCAACCAGAUGUUUCUACUUAUGAGGGCGAUCCAGCCAUCAACGGUACCAUGUUUUUGGCUUUGACGGAUACAAAUCAAACUUAUACUGCUUUUAAUUUGUCAAAUGUCAACCCACAUGUGGCUGCUUUGGCCAUGUACCAAGCUGGUUAA